UACAGGCUCAGCUUCACACAGGAAAAUGGAGGAGCGCAACCUGUCCGUGAUUCUACUGCAGGAAUAUGAUUUUGAGAGGGGAUUUGAUUACCAGGAAGCCUUCCAAUGGAUGCAGCAGAACUGGAGCAAGGCCUUCUUUUUCUCUGUUCUGUAUGCUGCAAUGAUAUUUGGAGGUCAGCGAGUUAUGAAAGAAAGGAAAAGAUUUGAACUGCGAAGGCCUCUCGUUCUGUGGUCACUGACACUUGCUGUUUUCAGUAUCAUUGGAGCGGUCCGCACUGGCUGGUUCAUGACUAACAUGCUCCUAUCUAGUGGCUUCAAGCAAUCAAUAUGUGACCGUAGUUUUUAUGAUGGGCCUGUUAGCAAGUUCUGGGCAUACGCCUUUGUCUUGAGUAAGGUCCCAGAGCUUGGAGACACUUUGUUCAUUGUCCUUCGCAAACAAAAGCUGAUCUUCCUUCACUGGUAUCAUCACAUUACUGUACUGCUCUACACCUGGUACGCAUACAAGGAUGCCGUGGCUGGAGGAGGAUGGUUUAUGACCAUGAAUUACACCGUCCAUUCUUUCAUGUAUUCUUAUUACACUCUUAGAGCAGCAAGGAUCCACGUGCCACGAUAUUGUGCCAUGUUCAUCACAAUGACCCAGAUUCUACAAAUGGUAAUGGGCACCUUUGUCAAUGUUCUAGUGUACCAGUGGAUGCAGAAUGGGACAUGUUCAAGCACAUUGGAGAACAUAUUCUGGUCAACUGUGAUGUACGCAAGCUAUCUGAUGCUUUUCUGCAGCUUUUUCUAUGAUGCUUAUAUGAAAACUUCAGCCAAGAGUAAGGGAGAAUAACCUGUAUUCAAAUAUAGACUGUGAACUUGCCAUCAAACAUUUCCAGCU